GCUCCCAGGCUGUCCUGGUGUUCCCGGGACUCCAAGGGCUCAGGGCAGACCAGGAGGAAACAGCGAGGGAGGACCCCAUGGCACACCCUGUGCCCCUGCAGCCCCCUGAUGGAGGCUGGGGCUGGAUGGUGGUGCUGGCUGGCUUCCUGCAGUCGGCACUGGUUUUCGGGGUGAUCCGCUGCUUCGGCAUCUUCUUCGUGGAGUUCAUGGGGUACUUUGGGGAGCUGUCAGGACGGGUGUCCUGGGUGACGUCCAUCGGGAUUGCCGUGCUGCAACUGGGGGGUCCAGUGGGCAGUACCCUCAGCACCCAGUAUGGCGCACGCCCUGUGGUGAUGGCCGGGGGCUUCCUCUCAGGGCUGGGCAUGCUCCUGGCUUCCUUUGCCACUUGCCUGACCCACCUGUACCUCAGUAUCGGGCUACUUUCAGGUCUGGGCUGGUCUUUGGUCUUCACGCCUUCUUUGGCUUCUGUGGCCCGGUACUUCACCAAGCGCCGGACAUUCGCCAUGGGCCUGGCCGUCUCAGGGGCCGGCCUGGCCUCCUUCGCUUUCUCCCCACUCUUCCAGGUGCUGGUGGACACUUAUGCCUGGCGGGGAGCCCUGCUCAUCAUGGCCGGUGUCUCCUUCAAUCUGGUGGCUGCUGGCGCCCUGCUGAGACCCUUAGAGCUGGAGGGCAAUGUGGCUGCUCCGGAAGCCUGCUGGCUGCCGCUCCAGGCCCUCUCCUCCCUCCGCCGGCUGCGCUUGGCCUGCCAUGGUCCCUUUCUUAUUUUUGCCAUUGCCUUUGUCUUAGUGGACACUGGCUACUAUGUGCCGUACAUUCACCUGGUGCCCCACGCCCGGGAGCUUGGCUUUGACGAAUACCAAGCCGCCUUCCUCAUGUCUUCUGCCUCAGUGGCUGACUUGUGUGGCCGCGUGGCAGGUGGCUGGCUGGCCGACCGUUUAGCCCUCCGCCUGGUUCACAGCCUGACUCUCUGGACCAUCCUGACAGGCCUCUCUAUAGCCCUCGUGCCACUGGGGCGGAGCUACCCUCUCCUGAUGGGCCUCUGCAUCUGCUACGGCUUCUUCGCUGGUGCUCUGGUACCCCUCCAGUUCUCCGGCCUGGCAGAGAUUGUGGGAACAGUGCACAUCAUGGAGGGCAUCGGGCUCAUGCAAAUGAUAGAGAGUGCUGGUUCCCUUGUGGGGGCCCCUCUUUCCGGUUGGCUUCGGGACAUGACUGGGGACUACACGGCCUCUUUCACUGUAGCAGGGGCUUUCCUCCUCGCUGGAAGUUUGCUCCUUUUUACUCUGCCAAAUUAUUUCUCCUGCCCCAUGGACUCGACAGCUGAGGAGGAUGCUGCAAGGGAUCCCUGAGGGUUUGGAUCCUGGCAUUUACUGCAGCGAGCCAGCUUGGAAGUGAUGUGCAUAUGCUGACCUUCAAGGGGCAGUUGGAAGAUGAGUAGCAGAUGGGACUCUAGCUGGAUCCAGACAUUUGCCUUUUCUUUGAGGCUCUGCAAGCACCAUGCACAAGGCCAUGAAAAUAUGAUCAUGCUCCCACUGUGGGCUAAGCCCUCCCAAGGCAAAUAGAAAUGAGGGUAUGCCUACACUACAGCGCUAAUUCAAACUAGCUUAGUUCAAAUUAGUUAAUUCGAACUAA